AUGCUAAAGGGUAUAUUUUCAAUAAGAACAUUAUAUUUUAAUUAUGAGUAUAAUCUUUCUAAUCCCUUCGAUAAAGUAAUGGGCAAUAACUCUCAAUUUAACGCUUAAUAAAAGACAAGCGAAGGACUCUACUAUUACAGAAUUCCAAAUCAUAGUUUUUUUUUGUAUAUAAUUUGGAACACAUCAAAUUUGAAUUAAUUUUAAACUACGAAUCUACCAGCCUUCCAAUAUUGGUAAAAUAUAUUCAUAAUUAAAUGUGUCUUGAUUAGAUAUUGCAAACUGAAUCAAUAGUCUGAUGGCUUUCUAAUUUUUGUGAGUCGAAGAGAGACUCUCAGAUCAGGAAGAAAAUUUAUGUAAAGAGGGUGUAUUUAAGAUAGGAAUUGCACUAAUUUUGCAGAAAAUCAAUCAAUAUUAAUACUCAAUAGAUAAGAGUCUAAAGAUAUAUAUUCAUUGUUAGACUAGAGGAUCAAUGCCAUUUUAUUUUUAAUAAUAACCAACCUUAAAUUGACAAUAAUAAUUAAACUUUUUAUCUAAAAUACAUUAAUUUUAGACAGGAGUUGCAACAACUAAUUACAUGAAUCUUUAGAUAGAACUAAUAUAGUUUAAUCAGUUGUUAGUAGAAAUUUCUUAUUAAAUAUUUUGAAUUAGGCAAAUGUCAUUCAUACAUUAACUGGGGAGGGAUUAAAAGUAUUGCCUAAUGAGCUUGAACAAAUAUUUAGAGAGAAAUGGUCCAAAUAAUGCCGAUAUAUUAAGUUUCUUAUAUAAAGGAAUUGGGCAUUGAAGACUGAUUAUACCAGAGUUGGUAAACGAACCUUUUUGGGCUUUUUUUAGAUGGCAAAAAUGCAUAACAUAGAUAUUAUAUUAAUAAUUUUGUUGAAGCUUAUAUUUAAGUAAUACUAUAUUAAGAUUAUAGAAUUGCAUUUAUUUGACAUUAAGAAAAUUAAAGGCGGAUAAAAUUGA